AUGUGCUAUCAUCACGAACAGCUGUAUACCUGCGGUCACACGAAACGGGAGCGUCGCAUCACGUGUGACAGGCCAAGGAAGUGCCAAAUGAAAGGAAAACCAGGAAUUUAUCAGCAACCUGUCUCUAGAACCUGUGGCAAAAAAGAAUGUGAAGCCGAAGCUGAUGACGAAGAGGAGGAAGAAGGCGAAGAGGAAGAAGAUGGUAAAAACGAUGGCGGGAGAGGUGGAGGUCAAGAUGAUGAGGAAGAGGGUGAUCACGAUGAUAAAACCUUCAAACCGAGUGCGUGGGUUAAGAAGCAGCCGGAUAGCAAAGUUACAACGAGGCAAAAGUGGAAAGUCGAGCAUGCGCCACCGCUGCCACGACGAAGAAUGGGACAGCGCGUUAUUUCGCCUUCAAAGUAUCAGUCAAGUAGCCUCGGUCCAAGGCGUCCAAUCACCUAUCAAAGACUUACGCGACCAAAAGCCCGCAGUGAACAGAAAAUCAAGGCUUUGGAAAAGGAGGUUGCUAGGAAACAGAAAGGGAAAGGUCCGCGGGUUGCAAGCGAUAGCGAUAGCUCCUUGUCAUCGCCCCCUUCGGACGAGGAAAAUCCGUUUGGGAACGAGUUCCUACCUAAAGAUCCAUUCCCAGCACUCGAACCCUCCUCAAGACCGACUCUGUCUCGGCGAGCUAAGAACCUCCGAGAACAAUUUCAAGGACUAACUAUUCUCGGGUCAAAGCCACAGAUCACUGGCAAAAGAAUUGCAACUUCCACUAGGCUUGCAUCUUCCAAGAUUGGGAAACCCUUUACUCUCCUACCGCAAUCCUUCAGCAAUCGCCGCACCUCAUCAAAGCGUUCUAUUCAAGAAUUCAUGUCUUCCGAGAGCGUUGACCAAGGCGGCGCUGGCGAUGGCGAUGCCAUGGAAAUUGACCCACCUCGGGGAGCCUCUACCCAACGCCGUGUCUCGGAGCCAGUAUUGAAAUCUGCCAUAAGGACGACUGAUUACACAUAUGUCUGGCCCGGGAGGGUUACUCGGUCUAUUGCAGCCCUUCAAACUAAGCACCAACAACUCCGCAAUCAACGAAGGAGCCUUCCGAACAAAAUGCCAGGCCGGAACUCCGAAAACUCUUCCCCAGUUCCAACUAGGGAUGACGGAAUGCCUGUUUCCAAAAGAGUCAGGUUUGCUGCGGGGAGCAAAGAGACUAGCGACCACAUGGUCUUGGACCUUCCUGACGACAUCAAAGAAAAGUUAAAGGAGGAGAAACCAGAGGAAGAGACAGGGGAAGAGCCAGAAGACGAAUAA